AUGUGUCUAUUUAUCUAUCUAUCUAUUGAUCUAUCUAUUUAUCUUUCUGUCUAUCUUUCUAUCUGUCUCUCUAUUUAUCUAUCUAUCUAUCUAUCUAUUGAUCUAUCUAUCUAUCUAUCUAUCUAUCUAUUUAUCUUUCUAUCUAUCUUUCUAUCUGUCUCUCUAUUUAUUUAUCUAACAAUCUAUCUAUCUGUCUAUCCGUCAAAUUCAUAAUCUCUUGUUUUUGAUCAAAGGCAUGGUGGUUGAUUAAAGUUUUGUAUCAUGUAUAGAUCGUUUUCUGUCUAGUGAUCUCAUUUUAAUUGGCCGCCAUAUUGGUGCACAUACUUGCCUGUAAACAUAUGACCACGAAUAUAAGAGAUCCUCGCAGCUAUAAACACAACUUAACUAGUAGUUGAAAUAAGACCUAGAAAUAUUCAGGCCCGUACGGGAUUUGAACCCAUAACCUCUGCGAUACCAUUGCAGCGCUCUACCAACUGAGCUAACAAGCCAACUGGUAGUUUACUAGUUCAGUAGUGUUGAUAGCUGCGAGGAUCUCUUAUAUUCGUUUCUUCACCGCAGUGCACAUAUGUGAUUUUCAUAUAUCUACAAUCAUUAUUCAUCACUUAGAUGGUUUAUUAGGACCCGACUUAAUGACCAGCUCCCAGUUGGCUUGUUAGCUCAGUAGAGCGCUGCAGCAGUAUCGCAGAGGUCAUGAGUUCAAAUACCGUACGGGCCUGAAUUUUUUUCAGGUCUUAUUUCAACUUAUCUUCAACUACUAUAUGAAUGUACGUAUGUUUGUAGGAAUGUAUUUAUCUAUCUAUCUUUUUAUCUAUCUAUCUGUCUAUCUAUCUUUUUAUCUAUAUAUCUAUCUGUCUAUCUAACUAUCUUUUUUCAUCUAUCUAUCUAUCUAUCCAUCUAUCUAUCUAUCUAUCUACAUUUCUAUCUAUCUAUCUAUAUAUCUAUGUAUCUUUUUAUCUAUCUAUCUAUCUAUCUAACUAUCUUUUUUCAUCCAUCCAUCUAUCUAUCUAUCAAUCUAUCCAUCUAUCCAUCUUUCCAUCUAUCUAUCUGUCUAUCUAUCUAUCUAUAUGUCUAUCUAUCUAUCUAUAUGUCUAUCUAUCGAUCUAUAUGUCUAUCUAUCUAUCUAAAUGUCUAUCUAUCUACCUAUCUAUCUAUCCAUCUAUCUAUCUGUCUAUCUAUCUAUCUCUCUGCCUAUCUAUCUUUCUAUUU